UAUGCAUUUCCUAAACAAGUUCAUUCUGGCUGCUGAACAAAUCGUAGCUCGUUUUGCUUGAACAAUUGUCUGUUACUUUCACAAAAAAAUAUUCAUUUUUAAUGCAAUGACAUGUUAACUGUGUAAAUCUGAAAUCUGUACAGAGAACGAGACGGAGGGAGAAAGAGGAAGGAGGCUGCUCUACGCGAUCUUCAUGACAAUCUGUUAAUGAACUAACAAAAGAGAGCUGCAGAAGAGUGACUUGGAGUCUCUUUAAGAAGCACACUAUGCAGGCACGUUGGAUUUACCUGCUUCUUCUCGCUUGGGCAACCUACACCGAAUGCCACAUGUGUUCUGUGAAUGGGACAAUGAGAACCUUCUCCUGCAUGGGCAGCAAGGUGACCGAGAUGCCAAGGCACAUUCCCCAAAACACAAUGCUCAUAGAGUUUAAGCUGACAAUGUUGAGGAGAUUACCAGAAGAUGCCUUUUCUGGACUCUACGAUCUCCAGAGCAUCAUGAUUUCUGAAAAUGAGUUAUUGGAAGAGAUUGGUCCUAAUGUUUUUGCAAAUCAUUUAAACCUCUUUGAAAUAACUAUUGCCAAAUCAAGAAAUCUUGUCUUCAUUAGCCAGGAUGCUUUUAAGAAUCUGCCCUAUUUAAAGUAUCUAACUAUAUCCAAUACUGGUUUGAAAAUUUUACCAAAUUUGUCGAAAAUUAACUCCAGACAGCAUGAUUUUUUAUUCGAUCUUGAAGAUAACAUAAAUAUUGAAGUUAUUUCAACAAAUGCUUUCCUCGGACUCAGCAAAAGCAACAUUAGAGAACUAAGACUGCCAAAGAAUGGGAUAAGAGAAAUAGAAAGAUAUGCAUUUAAUGGCACAGAAGUGGAAAAAUUAGUUCUUAUGGGAAAUCAUCAUCUUACGAAAAUCCACAAAGACGCUUUUCUUGGAGCAGAUGGUCCUCUCGUUCUGGAUAUUUCCAAGACAAGCAUUAGCGUUCUACCAACUAGCAUGUUGACGAAGAUUAGAAGACUUAGUGCCACCUCAGCUUAUAAUCUUAAGAAGUUGCCAAAUAUGGACAUUUUUUCCAGUUUGACUGAAGCUAACCUGACGUAUCCCAGUCACUGUUGUGCCUUUGCAACCAGUAAGAAAAACCAAUCAACCAGACAUUCCUUGUGCAGCAUCAGUAAUAUCAGCGAAGGAGAACCUCACUGGUAUAAUGAGUUCUGCAGAGAAAAGACUAAAGUCAUUUGUUCUCCAAAACCAGAUGCCUUUAAUCCAUGUGAAGAUAUUAUGGGAAAUAUUUUUCUACGGAUUCUCAUUUGGAUAAUCAGCAUUCUCGCCAUCUUGGGAAACUUUGCUGUAUUAAUUGUGCUGCUAACAAGUCGAUACAAGCUCACCGUGCCCCGUUUCCUGAUGUGUAAUUUGGCUUUUGCAGACCUGAUCAUGGGAAUCUACCUGCUACUGAUUGCAUCUGUGGAUAUCCAUACCAAAUCUCAGUACUACAACUAUGGAAUAGAUUGGCAGACUGGUGCUGGGUGUAGCACAGCAGGGUUUCUCACAGUCUUUGCCAGCGAAUUCUCAGUUUUCACCUUGACUGUUAUCACAUUGGAAAGAUGGCAUACCAUCACCUAUGCAAUGCAGCUUGAGAGAAAGGUCCGUCUUCGUCACGCCUUGGCCAUCAUGAUCGGUGGCUGGAUUUUUGCUGUCAUCAUAGCCUUGCUCCCACUCAUUGGUGUCAGCAGUUACAUGAAAGUCAGCAUCUGUUUGCCAAUGGACAUAGAGUCCUUACACUCUCAAGCAUACAUUGUGUUUAUACUUUUGCUCAAUGUCAUUGCAUUUAUCACCAUUUGCAUUUGCUACUUAAAAAUCUACUUUACUGUCCGAAAUCCAAAUUUCAACUCUUCAAACAGUGAUAUGAGAAUUGCCAAACGUAUGGCCAUCUUGAUCUUCACAGAUUUUCUUUGCAUGUCUCCGAUCUCCUUUUUCGCUAUCUCUGCCUCCUUCAAGGUACCACUGAUCACAGUCACACAUUCCAAAGUGCUGCUAGUCCUAUUUUAUCCCAUCAACUCUUGUGCCAAUCCAUUCUUUUAUGCCAUCUUUACAAAGACAUUUAAGAGAGAUUUUUUUAUUUUAAUGAGCAGAUUUGGGUGUUGUAAAAUGCAAGCACAGAUAUAUCGAACUGAAACAUCUUCAGUUUAUAAUUCCAAUACCAGAAAUGGAGUCUGUACCUCAUCUCCCAAUACAAGUGAUAUCACCUUAUAUUCAUUAGUUUCUGUUACUCCGCCACACUGACAGCUAACUGCUGACUGCCUCUACUCCAGGGACAUUAUUGGGUAUUUGUCUCCUAAAAAAGUUAAUAUUGUUCCAAACUAACUGACUAGUAAAUAGCAGUGACUGCACUGAAUCCUAAUAAAGUAGGGUAGAACAUUUUUCUGGGAGUUCUGAAAAUCCCAGGUAAUUGGUCAUGUAAGUAAUAAAUCCAUACAAGGAAUAAAAUCAUAAAACAAUAACUGUUUUGCCAUUAUAGAGUGCUGUCAGUAAUCCAGUAACAGUAAGGUUGAAAGGAGAAGAAUAAAUAUAGGUAGUCAGAGGUCUAAAGUGGCGUCUUCUUGAGUCUGGUCUUUAAGGCCAGCGAUUUUUGUCAAAUGUCACUGCAUUGUGCACAGUAUAGCACCAUCCAUUUAUCCAUUUCCAAAUCAAUUCUCAGUCUCGGGGACAGGACACGUCUGUUGCCAAGUAGCUGGAGACUCCACCAGCACAGAUGAAAGCCAUAAACAGCACUGUUAUGCAAGAAACCAUUUCAGAAAAUGCUGGUUAACAGAGUUUA